ACAUGCAAAGUACAAACACAGCCCCACUUCCAUCACCAUGGCACCACUCACCACCACCGCCGUCCUCUUCCCUCUUCUUCUCACUCUUUUCCUCUUCUCCUCCACCUCCACCUCCCACGCCCACAACAUCACCCGCAUACUUGCCAAACACCCGCAAUUCUCAACCUUCAACCACUACCUCACCGUCACCCACCUGGCCGCCGAAAUUAACCGCCGUCAGACCAUCACCGUCCUCGCUCUCGACAAUGCUGCCAUGUCAUCACUUCUUUCAAAACAAUACUCCGUCUAUACUCUCAGGAACGUUCUCUCGCUCCAUGUCCUCACCGACUACUUCGGCUCUAAGAAGCUCCAUCAGAUAACCAAUGGCACUGCUUUGGCUUCCAGUAUGUUCCAGGCCACCGGUUCAGCUGCUGGUUCGUCCGGUUACGUUAAUAUUACUGAUAUUAAAGGAGGCAAAGUUGGGUUUGGCACUGAAGAUAAUGACGGCAAGCUUGAUGCUAGUUACGUCAAGUCUUUGGUGGAGAUGCCCUACAAUAUCUCCGUUUUGCAGAUUAGCCAGCCUCUAAACUCAGUUGAAGCUGAAGCCCCAACUCCUGGACCAAGCGAUCUCAAUCUAACGGCUAUUAUGGCGAAGCAAGGCUGCAAAGCCUUCGCCGACUUGUUAAUAGCCACCGGAGCUCAGUCAACUUUCGAGGAAAAUCUCGACGGCGGAUUAACGGUCUUCUGUCCUUCCGACACCGUCCUUAACGGUUUCAUGCCCAAGUACAAGAACCUGACGGCAGCGCACAAGUUGUCAUUACUGUUGUAUCACGGCAUUCCGGUGUACCAGUCCCUGCAGAUGUUGAAGUCAAGUAACGGAGUUAUGAACACAUUAGCGACGGACGGCGCGAACAAGUACGACUUCACGGUGCAGAAUGACGGCGAGGUAGUGACAUUAGAGACGAAAGUUAUGACGGCGAGGAUAACGGGAACGGUGAAGGAUAAAGAGCCGUUAAUGAUUUAUAAGGUUAACAAGGUUUUGUUACCUAGAGAGCUGUUUAAGCCUGAGAAGGAGGUUGUGGCGCCUGCACCGAAGGCGGCUAAGAAGAAAAAGGGGGAGGAGGAGGCUGAUGCGCCGGAAGAUGAUUCUGCUGAUGCGACCGCUGAUGAUCAGAAUGGAGUCGAUAGAAUGAAGGGUGGGAGAUUGAUUUGGAUGGUUGUAAGCUUGUGUAUGGGAAUAUUUUUGAUGUAA